AUCACAAUUUUUUAGCGGUAAUGAAUUUUGAAAACUUUGUCAGUUCAAUUAAAAGUGAAAUAAUGACGUUGUUUGCAGUGUUUUAGGUGAUAACUUUGAUAUUUUUGAGUAAUCUACAUCCAUGAUAACUUAACGUAGUCAGAAUGGCAGAAAUGAACUUCGUUGAUUUCCAAAUGAAAGUUCUUCGUGGCAUUGGCUACAAUAAUGUUUCCACCACGAACAGAGCAUAUCAGUGGAUAAAAAGUAAUAGUACCAUCGAUGGACCAUGUUUAAAUUACUUGAAAAAUUAUGUAACAGAAGACAACUUCAUCACCCAAAAAGAAAUGAACAUGUACAAAAAUAUAAUAAGCCAAGAUCUUAUACCGAUUAGUGAAGAAGAAAUUGAUAAAGCUCUGGAAGAAUUCUAUUUGGAAGAUGCUCCUAUGGCAGGUUUUAAUCAUAGCGAUACUUUCUACGUUGAAAAUGAACUAGAAAAAGCAGAAACUUAUUUGAAAGAAUUGGAAUUCUCGAAACGACUUCUGCAAAGACAGUAUAACAAAGUUCAAGACGAAAUCAAUGUUUUGAGGACGAAAAACAAAGAUAAAGAAACUAAUAUUGAGAAUGCAUCUGAACGUGCAAAAAAAAUUGAUCGUAUGUACGAAGAAACAUCGAAAAAACUUCAAAAUGAUUUGAACCAAAUUGGAAACACAUUCCAUAAAUUAACGGAUAAGAACGUUACUGAAGAAGAGCACAGUAUUUUCACCAUUAAUUUUGAAAUUUUCAAAAAAAUAAAUUGUACGUUCAGGGAUAGCAUUGACUUCAUACUAGAGAAGCAGUUUGGUAAAAUUCCAGUGCAUAUAACUGACUCAGAAAAUGAAACCGACCCGAGUACUUUGAAUAAAUUUUUAAACGAUGACUUGGGUGACUGGAAGAAAGCUGAAGAUUUGGUAUCAAUUGUUCUCAGUUUAGGAGACCAAACAUUUAAAAACUUGAUGAUUAAAUGUGAAGAAGCUGAACUUGGUCAAUUGACAGAAUUUCUACGUAAUUUAAAAUUUGAGAUCACCGCCAAAAAUAGUCUUUCUGGUGCCGGAAUCGCCUGUCUACAAGCUCAAAUUUCGAUUAAUGACGAAACGACAGAAGAAUACAAGAAGAAGUCUGAGCAAAUGCAGAACUCUUUGGAAAAGUUCCACAAAAAUAACCCUCUGCAUGAAAUAUUACUCAGUGAGAAGUUAAAAGUGGAACAGAAGUCAAAAAAUGACAAAAAAUGCGUUCGUAAAAUAUCCGAAUUGUGUUCUAAAUACGCUGAUCUAAUCACCGUUCAAGCUUGCUUAUUAGAAAACGAAAGAGAAAACGUUACUUUAGCUGUUGAUCUGUAUAAGCGAGGUAUCGAUGUUUUAGGAACGCAAGAACAAAAGCAUUUAAAAGCGAUGGAAAAUUUAGAAAAACUGAAAAAUCAACCGGAACUAGAACAAAAUACUAAUACAUUCUUGAAAUCAACUUUAAACUUAUUAAAUUUAGUCAGUUCUGAUCCAGCUCCUCAUAAAAUGGUUCAAAAAUAUCCGAAAGCGGUUUGCGGUGCCAAAAAGAAAAUUGUUUCGCUUGUUGAUGAAGAAUUUCGACGAAUUCAGUCAAUACACACUCUUAUUUUAGAACUAGAUGAAAUUGUUUUCAAUGGACCUGCUAAACAGCCAUUCCAUAUUGUAGAUUUAAUGGCAGAUAAAAGGAUCAUUGAGUUGCGAUAUGCAGAAUUCAGUAAAAUAUAUCGUGGCUUCAAAACUAAAUACAACGAAGAAAUGGAGAAAUUGAACAACGACGAAUAUUUGAAACUGGAAAAAUUGCUAUGGAUUAUGUUCCUAACGGAUCCUACGUCUUUACAAGAUAAUUUAGUAAAAUUAAGACAAAGAUCCGGCGCCAAUAAAAGUCUGAAUGUGAGAAAAGGUGAAAGUAUGUUCGUACUGAAAGAUAAUAAAGUCACCGGGACAUCUUUUUAUUGAAUACGAUUCACCAUAUCGCCAUCGGAAAACAAUCGUAAAGGUAUUUUCAGUACGAAUGAACUCUGUCGAAUUCUGUUUUCUUGAUGUGGAUGGGAUUUUGCAAAUCUAUCGAAAAUUUACUUCCCAUUCUGU